GUCAGAGCCUGAGGAGCAACAGGAGGAGCGUCGCAAAGCGCGGCAGGCAGGGGAGCACAGAGAGGCUGAGGCUGCACAGGAAGCGGAACAGGAGCAGGAGCAAGAGGAGGCUGAGGCUCGUGCCGAGGAAGCUGAGGGGGAGGAGGCAUCAAGAAGACGCCGACGUCGCCGCAAGCUGAAAGCUCAAGAUUCCGUUCUAGCAACGUUGGACGAGUUUUAG